AACGUACAAAGCUCCAUUUAUCUUCAAUGACUUUUAUCUGACCGCGACGAGGUUUAAGUAGACACCGAUUCAAUCGAUUUCAAAAACAAAAUAAUUAGGCGAAAUUUAGGACUGUUAUUUCUUUUAAGCUGGCUAGAUGUUCUAAAAUUGUAUAAAGUGCGCAUUUGUAGUUGCGGUGCGUGCUUGCACCCACGCUCCUCGCGCGUGGGAUGAAGCAGGCGGGCGCCUGGCGAAAACAACGGGCUCGAACUAAAUCUCGGAAGCCGUCGACCGAGUCGAUACGGGAUUCACAAGACCAAAAACCCUCGUCACAGAGGCGGUGAGACCCAGGGAGAGAAGCACGGAGAAAACAAUAGAAAAAUUGAUCCACAGUCCCUCGCUCGCUCCCGCAAUUUGACGGCGCCAGGGAGCAGACACCACGUCGCCGCUUGAUGCUAUCCGAGCGAGGCCCUUGGCCUUCCCGUCCCUCCUCUUGUUCCCUUUGCUCCCUCGCUUUUUCGCCUCCCGGCUCGGCCCUCGGCGCUGCCUUGGCUGCCUCACACGCGCGCGGUCGUGGAUCGAUGCUUGGGACCGGCACCGCCACGGCCGCGACGGUAGCGCGCUGCACGCUCCCGUCGUCUGCCCGUGCUCCCACCCGACGCUGCCGACGACUCCUAACACCGACCCUCCGCUCCCUCCCCCACUCCUCCAGUUCGCUUCGUUUGAGCCCGAGUAGUCGCCUAAUUUAAUCCCACCGAAGAUUUAAAAAAAAAAGAAAGAUAAAAAAAAAAAGUGCGGGGGAGGAUGAGGUUGCUUCAUCGGCGAAGGGCCGUCGGCGGUGGGCGACUCGCGGCUGCGGCGAUGGGAGGGUGUGGUGCGAAUGGCCGCUGCUGUUGACGCCGUACUCGUGCGAAGCGGGAGAAGUUGGCAUGGAGAAGAGCGAGAAGAAGCCCAUGCGGUUCUCUUUUCGACGGCGUCCCAAAAGCGUCAGCGUCGACCGGAGCGAGGCGCACGCCGCCGACGUCAGCAUCGGACAGUACUUGGAGAAGCUCAACUACGUGAGCCAGGAAGAGGCCAUCAAGAUUGACCAGGAGCUGUUCUCCGAGUAUGCGUACAGCGUAGACCAGCUCAUGGAGCUGGCAGGUCUGAGCGUGGCCACUGCCGUGGCCAAGUCGUACCCGAGGGGCCCCAUGCCCAAGGGCGGCACUGUUCUCGUCUGCUGCGGACCGGGCAACAACGGCGGCGACGGGCUCGUCUGCGCUCGCCACCUCAAGCUUUUUGGCUACGAACCGUCGGUGUUCUACCCGAAGCAGUCGAACAAGCCCCUGUUCCAGAACCUAACCAAGCAGUGCCAGGAGAUGGAGGUGCCCUUCCUGUCCUUCCUGCCGGACUCGCAGCUCGUCAGCGACUCGUACAACCUGGUUGUGGACGCCCUGUUUGGCUUCAGCUUCAAGCCCCCCGUCAGGCCAGAGUUCAGCGACGUCAUGGACAAACUCAAGAAGGUCAAGAUCCCCGUCGUCAGCAUCGACAUCCCCUCAGGCUGGGACGUGGAGACGGGCGGAGACGCGGAUUCCCUGCAGCCCGAGUGCCUCGUGUCCCUGACAGCACCUAAGCGCUGCAGCCGCAACUUCAAGGGCCGCUUCCACUGGCUCGGCGGCCGCUUCGUGCCCCCUGCCCUGGCUGCCAAGUACGAGCUCAACCUGCCCCCGUACCCGGGCACCGACUGCUGCCUGCUGCUCACGCCCCCGCCUUCCUGAACCGGCGCCCAACGCUCUACGCCAAUGCUCAUGCACCUGGGGGGGCCUCUGGAGACUCCAAGACGCGGUGCCUCUCGCAGCCACGCUCGGCUUCUAAAUCCCUAGGCCCGUCGGUGGGGCGGAGUAUGUCUCUUGGGAAUCGGAAUCGUGUCCGAAAUAUUCUGAGCUGAUCCUCACAGAUGGUUCCUCCUGGCUGUUUGAAACCAGGCCCACCAAUCGUGUGGUUACUUGUCGAUUCUCCGACGAGCAGAUUUGCUCCACCAAGAGAGAAGUCUGUGGAAUUGAGCCUUGCAGCUUAGAAAAUGCUUUGCAGCCUAAUUGCUUCAAAGCAAGUUUUUCAGGCGUGCCCAUGCCGACUGCUGCCAAUACCUUCCUGCUGUUCAGCUUGCAACUGUUCUAAGCGUGUGUUUGCCAGCGUGUGAAUCAUACCGAGAGAGAGCGCUUCACAUUGUUUUCAUCCCGUUGUACUACGGUUCGUCAUAGCACCACGCAUUGUUGUUUCUUCCCGUUGUGUACUCUGUCCCACUGGAGGAGAGUUCCACUUGUAGUGUGUUGCACCUUGUAAUAAUGCAGCAUGGUUGCUCACAGCCCUGUGGUUAAUAAACCAAGUCACUUUACUGUUAUCAUGCUCAGAUAAUUUAAUCAAUAGUAUUUAAAAACGUGGUGCAGUAUUUGAAGUCAUCAGAUGAAAUAGGAGAAGAGAGUUGUAAAAGAGCCCCAGUAAACUUUCGAGGGACGGGUUAACUUUAUUGUGAAAAAGUGGACCAAUGGCUUGGUUCGUCCAUAAAUGCAAACAUUGCAUCAGUGGUCAUUAGCUUUUGGGGUGGAGCAAGCUGUAGAACCUACGCUGUGUUGAUUGAUAAUGUGCUAAUAUUCAUAAAUCAUUCUUGAACCAUCAGUACAUUUUGUUAAUUUGUAUAGAAGGCACACAUUACAUCGUUGUAUUCUACAUUUCUAACUCUGAAUUGUUACUAAAUAUAUGUGACUCCUUCCAGAAUGCUGGAAGGAAAUAUAUUAGUAUAGCAAUAUAUAGCAAAUAAGAGGUGGAACUGACCUUUUAGAAAACAAUACCACAGUAUGUUUAAAUUUCAUAGGGAACAGCUAGCUUACCUUUAAAAGAAGCUAUAACCUCAAAAUAUUUCUUGUUACAGUUUGAGCAAAGUGUUGACUAGAAAAGUAUCAAACUAGAUUAGCCUAAUCAUGGGAGAAUAGCUUCUACAAAACUCUUUCAUAGAGUGAAUCACAUUUAAAACUUUACAAUCUUUUGUUUUCUCUGAAAUGCAGUAACUAGGAAUCAUUGUGUGCAAUAACAAGUGUUAUGUUGCUGCUAAAGCUGUAUAAGCCUCAUUUCAACACCAUGUUCAGCUUCAGAAGUUUGGAAACUGCUGUUACGCAUAAACAAGGGCUGAUCUUUCCAUCUGUUCACGUGUGUAAGAGCCUCACUCGCCAUUUUUAUUACACAAUGCUUUGAACACAUUUUUGAUAGGUUUGUACUGAAUACAGCAGCUUCAAGUGUAUGGUAGGCACUUUAUUGAUUUUUUCCAUGAGUUACUUUUAUCAGUGGUCCUAGCUUUUUAGUUAUUCGUGAGAAUAUUAUUACUGAUUUUGUAUCCAGUUUGCUUCAAUAAUUCACGUUUCUUCUCUUGGUUCAUGUAUCCUUGAAAUACCAAUGAUUUUGCAUGGAGGGUUUUCUUUAUAAGUAAAAUGUGUUAUUUAUCUCCA